AUGCAGCCGUCCGCUUCUGUUGUACAAGCAGCAUUCAAGCGUUCGAAAAGAAUAAAAUGUGGAAGGAUAAUACUGUUCGUCGAUCAGUUGUAUGGUUGGAGAGGAAUAGACACAGGAUUCUAUGGUUCAGAAAUGUCUGAAGACACUUAUGAUUAUCAUGACAAAAUUGGAGCAUUUGAAACUCAAAAUGAAGACGAAAAUAGUCAAAUGCAAACUAUUAGCAGUUGUGAGGAGCAACCAGCAAAAGAAAAGCAAGAAGUUCAUGCUAAUUUCAAUAUCUGCACUGGUCGAGCACCUACUCCGAAUUUCAGUUUUACUUAUAUAGAAACUUCAUAUAAUUCAAGCAGAAGAGCAGACCAUAGUGUCCAACCAAGCGAUAAUAAUACAACCCUUAUUAAUGAUGGAAGUGAACGGUGUUCAGAGAAAACAUGUUUAGUUGAUCCAUCAGAUGAAAAUACGUCUGAACGGUGUUCAGAGAAAACAUGUUUAGUUGAUCCAUCAGAUGAAAAUACGUCUGGACGGUGUUCAGAGAAAACAUGUGUAGUUGAUCCAUCAGAUGAAAAUACGUCUGUUAUCAGUGAUAUAGUGAGAGCAUCUCAAGAUGUCUUUUCGGAAGGAAGUAGAACAUUAGCUAAUUCAAGCAUGCAAUCAAAAACAUGUCAGGAUGCUUCUCUAGAUGAAAAUAUAACUACUGCCGCCGGCUCAAACGAAUAUUCAUGCACUGAAAUUUAUGAAAAAUUUGAGAACAGUUCAGGCGAGCCGAUGGAAAUUGAUGGAUCUUCUUACUUCCGGUGUACUCUUCAGGAUCAUAUGGAUAAAACUAUUCCUGUUUAUUCUGAGAAUUUCAAUAUGAUUCCGUUGUGGAACAUUGAAAUGAAUGAAAAUGAGCCUGGUGAUUUAUUGACCGCUGCAAAAUCUAUCAGUAGUGAGGAGCAAAUGCUCACUUUGAAAGCAGAUGAUAAGGCAUUCGUUACUGAGAAAUUAUUGGACGAUAAAAAUGUAGCCGUGGUUAAAAUUAAAAAUGACGAGGAAAAAUGCAGUUUUCCUGUUGUUGUUUGUGAGUGCACCAAUAAGAUGUUGGAUGAUGCAGAAGAUAAUGCUGAAAUACAGGAUAUAUGCUCGGAUGAUAUUCUGAAAGAGGAGUUGCAAACUCAGGAUAUAAACAAAGAGGUUUUUGAAUGUCCUGAUUCUUUGCAGACUUCUGAUUUAUCUCAUGUGGAUUGCGUCGAUUCAUUAACUUCUGCAAAGGCAUUGGUAUCCCAAGUGUCAGAAAGUCCUAGAAUUUCACGUAUCCCUCGCUUCAAUCUUUUGAAGAUGAAUAUGAGUAAUGCAUGCCUGACUCCACCACAUUAUACCAACCUAGCAACCGUGUCUUUCAAGACGCCUCUACGAAAUGCAAAAGUUUUUGAAGGACGUGAUUAUAUUAGUAAACAAGAUUCAUUUGCAACCCCCUUAUUUAAAAAAAAAUCUAUUCACUUUGCUAAAACACAUAGGAAUAAUACUCCGGUCAAAGAAUCGGAAUGCUGUGUUUGUCCUCGAUAUCUUGCUCAUCACAAAAAAUUUUCCGAUCAUGCUACGCAGACAAUUUUUGAAUUACCAGUGAGUCGCCGCAUUUCUUUUAAAAAUGAGGUGACGCCCCCGUGUAGUCGUUUCACAUCACGUGCCUGUCGUAACAGUACAGUAUGUACUACUCAAAAUCAUACGCCCUCGAAAAUACCUGUAUUAUGCAGUGCGUUGAUUGAAAUUUCUAACUAUGAAACUCCAUCACCUUCACCGAAACGAAUUCGUUUGGUGGACUAUAGUUGUACUCCCUUAUCAUGUAGAAAGCAAUUUACUUGUCAAGAUGUUUCGAAAGUUAGUACACCGAGACAUAUUGAGUCGAAAAGCAGUUCCGGAUAUUUGGUACCGCAGGUACCGAUCACACGCUUCGCAUUUGAACAUUUAAAAAGUGGUGGAACUCCUCGUCCAAAACCCAUUGAGAAGAACAAAAGAUUAAACCAAAUUUUAAGUGAAGACACGGUGAUGACGGAGCCUAAAACACCUGUUAUGAAAAUAAACAUUAGUGAGAUGCUCGUAGAAAAAAUUGGUAGUGGUCCCAUUAAUAAGCGUCGAUAUCGUUCUCAAAAAUCGCCAUCGAUUGAAAAGAUUCAUUUAGAAGGAAGCAUUUCCAGUGAUGAGAAUUUGAGGCUAUCUACAGAAAGUGUUAACUUAGCAGUUUCUGAAGUCCAAGAUUUUCCAUGCAACGAAAAAGGUUUCACUUAUAGUCAUUUGCAAGUUAACAUUGUUCUUUCAGUUGAUAGGAAAAGCAUUUUAGAAGAAAUGGACAGAACUCGAGUAGUCGUUAUUGACAGUUCUGAUAAUAGUGAAAUGGAGGAGCUAGUGAAGAGCACAUCAAAUUUGAAAAUAGAACCCGCAUUCCCACAAAUAGUCGAAACUAUUUUUGACUCAACUUGUGCUUCGUAUCAAAAGCAGCUUAAGAUGCCUAUAUUUGACUUAACAAAUUCCAAUAAAGAUCGAAGGAUUCUGACAGUACUGAACGAUUCAAACAUAUCAACUAACACUCCUGGAAAAGAGGGUGGACUAAACGAAUUCAAAAUUGAUGUUGACAACUUUUCAUGCAGUGAUGUUUCCAAUGAUUCAUCAGAUAUUGUGCAUAUUGUAGCAGCAAAAAAUGAAAAUAGGCAAUGUGCAAUUUUGCACCCUCGCAAAAUACUUCGUCCGGAAAUCACAGAAGCAGGUUGUCGGCGUUCCAUGAGAAACCGAACUGCUCCCAUUCGUCAGUGGCUGGGUGAAAAGCUUUUAUAUAAGCGAGAUAAAGAAGGAACAUAUGAAAUGAAUGGAGUUCAAGAGGCUGUUAUCAAAGAUCCACUCUAUGUCAAAUACAUGACGAUCAAUAUGAAUAACAUUUUGGAGCAAAAGAAACGAAAACAAGGACAAUUUACUCGUGCCAGGAAACUUCGCGAACUUGCCUCUUCGCUUCAUCAGUCUUCUAAAGAAAAUUUUAAAAAAAGUAAAAAGACAUAA